CAGAGCCACGAGUAUAAGAAUAUACUAGUAUGUACUAUGGCCGUCUUAGGCUGUAGUAAGAAUGGGUGGUAUAUAUAUGAUAAUUAUCUCCUAAUUUUAUCCAGUGUGAUCAAGAUCGCGCGGUUCUUUGUGGUGCAGAAGGCACUCUAG